CGAGGUCGCUGGGAGCAGCGCGGGCGGGGGCGCGGCCGGUGGCGGAGGCGGGCGGGAGGAAGCUGACACAAGCCAUGUCCCUAACAAAACGUUGGUGAAAAAUUGGUGAAGAAGAUUUCUGGGAUACAGCAGCACCAGUACUGUGAAGCCACUUCUGCAGGUCAGGGGCAGCAUUUGCUGGAGGAUGCCGUAGCCCAGGAGGUGAGGCUCGUGGGGACGAGGUCGAUGGCUUGCAUGGAGCUUCUCUACCUGGCCGAGGAGAGCAGACAGGUGCCCCUGGGCACCGCUACUGGCUGGAGCCUGCCCCCCCAUUCCUACGAGCAGCAGCAGCGUGAGGGGGGUGAGGUGAACCCCAGAGCAGCCGCUGCCGUGGCAGCCCUGCACUGUGAACGGCACUGCAAGCCCUUGCAGAGGGGCCCUGUGGCUGAGCCCCCCCUGGCACCCCAGCCCUCCUCCCUGGGCACCUCGCCCCAGGAGCACCCUGCCCCCUCCAGCACCUCCCAGCCCUGCCACCCAGCUGAGUGCUUGCCCAAGGAAGAGGAUGGAGGGAAGAAGAAAGCCUGCUGCUGUGCCCAGGAACUCGAGACAUCAUUCACCUAUGUGGAUGAAAAUGUAAAUCUGGAGCAUGCAAGAAGUCCCCUCACUCCUACAGGUGCCCAGGAUGCCCCUCUGCAGCAGCAUUCCUGCAGGGAGCUGCCACCUGAAUGGGUGCACGAUUCUCCUUCCUUGGUCUCCGAGGAGGAUGACGCUGCCUCGGAGGCAGCAGCUGGGAAAUCCGUUGACUAUGGAUUCAUUAGUGCCAUUUUGUUCCUGGUUAGUGGCAUUUUGCUGGUGAUAAUUUCCUACGUGGUGCCCAGAGAUGUGACUGUGGAUCCCAACACCGUGGCUGCCCGGGAGAUGGAGAGGCUGGAGAAUGAGAGCGCAAGGAUCGGUGCUCACUUGGACCGCUGUGUUAUUGCUGGGCUGUGUCUCUUAACCCUGGGGGGCGUGGUGCUCUCCAGCCUGCUGAUGAUGUCCAUGUGGAAAGGGGAGCUGUACCGGAGGAGCAGGUUUGCAUCCUCCAAGGAGUCUGCCAAGCUGUAUGGAUCUUUCAAUUUUAGAAUGAAGUCUGGAGCAAAUGAUAAUAUGCUCGAGCUGUCGUUAGUUGAGGAAGAUGUGCUUGCCAUAGAUAAUUAGUGUGGUCAUGAUUUUUAAGGCAGCAUUUCUACAGGAAAAUAUGUUUCAUUAAAGAAAGCAGAUGCAGCUAAAGAUAGCUGGUGAUGCAGUUUAUUUGUCUGACAAGAAUGGUGUUAUCUUAAGCUCUAUAAUCAAAUGUUUGCAAUAUAUGAGUACUUGUUGUAAAGGAGAACUGUGCCAGAUGAAAUGCAAAUGAUAUAAAAUAAUGAAAACCACUGAAUAAAAAGAGACUUGUGAUAAGUAGGUUCCUCAGAUACUCGUUUAUCCUAAUGUAAAACAUUCCAUUGGUGUCUUGCCUAUAUAAUUUUCUUAUUACUCUGAUAUAGAACAAGAAUGACCUUGGCACUUUGAAAGCUGUUAAUUUUUGAACACUGCAGGAUUAUUAACAUUCUACUUGACAAAAUAUUAAGAAGCAGGACCAAUAAUCAAAUAGUAGGGCUAAUAUUUCAUUAAGAGAUGCUUUUUUAUUCUUUAAUUUUAAGCAGAUCCAUUCUUUUCAAUUGAGUGACAGCUAUGGGAAGAAAGAACACCACUUGGUCAUGGCUGGCCACAAACCUCCCAUAUUUUCAAACAAUUGUACAAUUAGUGAUGAUUAUUUAAAAUAUGAAAUAAGUGGCAAAGGGCAGGAAACCAUAUGGCUCAUGGUGCUGGUAGGAGACAAAAGGCUCUUUCAGCUUGAGGUCAGUGGCUCCAUUUCAGUUCAGAUUAGCAAUGAUUGAUAGUCAUUAACUUCUGAUAGCUAUAGUGACCCAUUUAAAAGAAGUUGAGUUCCUGGUGGACAGAUGUCUUUGCAUGGAAACUGCCAUAACGUGAAUUAACAGACCCCUUGUUUGGAGUCUCAAAAGACCCAAAGACUGAAAAAGCAUGAGGAUGCUGAGACUGGACACUUCUUCAGUACACAUGCCAGAAGAAAUUCAAGCUCAGCUGUAGGGCUUUGCUUAUACUGGGGCUGUCUGCUUCUCAUUAGUCCUUUUUGAAACUUCAGUUUUAUGUCACUGGGCUUUCAACCUUCUCAUAACCAGCAAGGAAGGGUCAGGAAGGAGCUCUCUGAGACUCGUUCAAUAAACCCCAAUUUAUUUGUAAAGAAUAAAUCAUCAGGAAAUACAGAGGUUAAGUUUCAGGCAGUUUACUGGCUGACAAGAGACUCACUUAACAUAGGGGAUGAUCAAGGGUACAUGUUGCUAUUAAUCUCAGUUGUGUGGCACUGUAGCCAAAAACCUGUAUUACUGAUGCUAUUU